GGGUUUUGUUGUAAAACGAGACUGCUCCCGAGAUUUAACAAAUUAGGGCUCUGCAUUUACAAACUCAUACUUUUAGCGAGGAGGAAGAGGAAGAGGAAGAGGGGCGAAGAUGACGACUCGAUUGAAGAAGCACCGGAAGAAGAGAGGACAUGUGAGUGCAGGGCACGGGCGUAUUGGCAAACACAGGAAGCAUCCGGGAGGCAGGGGAAAUGCCGGCGGCAUGCACCACCACCGCAUCCUCUUCGACAAGUAUCAUCCUGGUUAUUUCGGCAAGGUUGGUAUGCGCCACUUCCACAAGCUUAAGAAUCACUACUUUUGCCCCAUCGUCAAUAUCGACAAGCUUUGGUCCCUCGUCCCUGACCACAUCAAGGCUAAGGCCACCCCUGAUAAUGUCCCCCUCCUAGACGUCACUCAGCAUGGCUAUUUUAAGGUUCUUGGCAAGGGUGAGCUGCCUUCUCAGCCGCUUGUUGUCAAGGCCAAACUUAUUUCUAAGCUAGCUGAGAAGAAGAUCAAGGAGGCUGGUGGGGCUGUUCUCUUGACGUCUUAGUUAGGGUUUUUGAAGAUCGAGGGUUUUAGUGCUAUUUUAUUUGGGCCGGUCCUAUAAGCUAUGCUAGAUAUUACAUUUUAGCAUUUUUAAAUGUGGCAAGCCACGAUUAGGGAUUUUGAGAAACUUUAAUUGUACUUGAAUUUGGCUUUAAAUUCAUAAUUUUAAUAGUUGUUUUGAUUAAA